AUGGCACCAGCUCGCAACAGCACCGUGACGGUCGUGACGGACUACAAGCCUCCGCCUCCUCCGUCAGCGGCCAAGCCACCACCACCACGAGCGCCGCUACAUCCUCUGUGCGCCGCUCUGAUCUUCUGCCUCGCCGUCGCAGCAGCAACAGAGGGCGCGAUCAUCGCGCUCCUGCUCUUGAGAUCGGAGGAGGAAGAAGCACCAGCAUUGGCCGUCAAGCGAUGCGGCGUCGGUGGUGCCGGGAAGUGCAUGCUGAUCGGCGCACCGUCCUGUGACGCCUGGUUCUCUGACGAAGCGAACUGGGCGUGUGAUUUUGGCCAUGCCUGCUGUGCGGCCACCGACAAGCCAGUGAUCUCCAUCCGCCAAGCGGUCGAAGGCAACUGUGAGGAUCUCGACGGUAGCGAUGUAAAGGGCGUCGCGCGAUCUUCGAUGUGCUCCGCCGACGCCGCCUCAAAUGCCACUGCCUGCGACGUGGAGCUCUCUUGCGGCUCGAUUGUCAUCGCCGCGACCCUCAUCUUUGCGGGAGCGGACGACAUGCAGACGGCAGCAGCAUGGCUUACAAGCGUUCUCUCAACUCUCGAGGGUGCAACCGAUUUUUGGGGUCUUCCUCCAGGGUUUACCAUUGCCCAGAUACCGACCCUGUCAGUGUGGGCGGCGGAGGCCCACGACGCCGAGUGCCCCACCUGCUCCUGCGGCGACCGGAUCGGCUGGCUGCAGGACUCUUCAGAUGGGCCUCAGGUGAACGAGGUUGACGCUUGCGCCCGGGUCGCCGGCGCGGAGUUUCCAGCCGCUUGCGGCGGCUGCAACCCCGGCCUGCGCGUCACGAUGGCGCCGGUCGCACUCAACGGCGGCCGAAUCGCCUACAUCUUGACAGCGGCUGGAGCUCUUCCAGGAUACACCUCUGGCGGCACUGCAACCGCCGAUAGACGCACCAUCUACUACUUCUUACCGGACGGCGAUGGGAGUGCAGAGCCCACCUACAACGGCGACCGAUGGCCGAUCGUCUAUGUCCCCCAAGGAGCGACCAUCACCGCAGACCCAUCUGUGACAGCAAUCGUGAGCUCGCGCGUCACAACCCGGAGGCUGAUCGACGGCAGCUUUGUCGAGGCAGAAGUGCUGCUGGUCAACGGAAGGCCAGCGUACCAAUACUCGAUGGACACGACGCCAGAGGCGGCCAACGGGAACGGUCUGGGCGACGUCUGGUUCUGGUUUGAGGAGUCCAUCUCGCAAGAGGAGCUACCACCUCCAGCACCUAUCCUCGCCUCGUCGCCGCCACCCCCGUCACCACCCCCCGUGGCGAGUCCACCACCUCGCACAAUCAGCAACGAGUGUCCGGCAGCGAGUCCCGCCUGCACUGCGCCGUCCGGGCAGGAUUGGGUCAUCACCACCUCAUGCACCAUCCAAGCAGGCUCCUACUCCGCUCGCAAGGUGCUCAUUUCCGACGGAGCCAUCGUGUCCGUCGAGCAGGACGCCUCUGUCACGAUGGACCUCUCCGGCGGGCUCCUCGUCGGGUCCAACUCCGAGCUGUGGAUCGGCUGUGAGUCGACCCCCUUCACUGGAACGUGGACGCUGACCUUCAACGGACGGAGGGAGGACCUCGGCAACACGGAGCGGUGGCUCUCUGUCGACUACAGUGACUACGGCCUGCCGCCACGCUUCGAGGUGUGGGCAAACGCCCUGGUCGCCUCACACGGCGCGCGGCUUGAGAUCCACGGCGCUCCCAAGACGUCCUGGACCAGGCUGCGUGAGGACGCAGGCGUUGGCGCCACCACGCUAACACUGGAAGAGGGCCCCGUCGGUUGGGCGCCUGGGGACGAGAUCGUCAUCGCGGGGACCGGAGUAAACGGGGGCUCGGAGCGCGCGACCGUGGCGUCGGUGGCGGGCGAUGCCGUGACCCUACAGAACGGACUGACUAACUUUCACGAGGGCAGCUGGCCCGGCCGCGGCGCGAGGCUCAACGGCGAGGUGGGUAUGCUCAGCCACAACGUGCGCUUCACUAGCGGUUUCGACCUGGGCGCGUGCGAGAACGCCUUUGGCGGAACGGGCCUGUCGGCCCGCACGGACGAGCAGACAAAGAACAGCUGCUUUGGUGGGAAUGUCGCCUUCCUGCAGCAUUCAAUCGUCCACGUCGAAAACGCUGAGUUCUCCAAGCUCGGGCAGGCGCUGGUCAUGGGCCGCUACAGCCUGCACUUUCACCUUGCAGGAGACGCCUCGGGGAGCUACUUGCGCGGCAACGGCAUCCACCACAGCAACAACCGCUGCAUCGUGCUGCACGGCGUCUUCAACGCCGAGCUGGAGGGGAACGUGUGCGUCGACAACAGGGGCCACAACCUCUACCUCGAGGACGGCAUCGAGGUGGGGAACGCCGUCGUCGGGAACCUAGUCGUCAACCCCCGCAGCUCUGCCACAAUCUGCACCGACAAGAUCGGAGCCGAGGGCGGAGCGGCCGGCAUCUGGAUCACGAACCCGAACAACACGUUCACCGACAACGCCGUCGUGGGCGCGGCGUUCGGUGCGUGGUUCACGUUUCCGACGGUGGACGACUCGCAUCCAUUCACCGGUGAGAAGCGCGGCCAGCUCGGGGGCGUGUUUGGCGCGAGCGCCGCCUACUUUCGCGACCCUCUCAGCGGGUACGGUCCGGCACACUGGGUGGUGCAGCAGGAGCAGACGCGCACGCCCGUCGCCGCUUUUCACCGCAACACCUUCAAGGACUCGGCCCGGAUGGGCAUCACGGUCGACUUUAGGGUGCACGACUCGGAGGACGCGUACAUUCCGUGCCUCGACAAGGCCGCAUACGUGGAGAGCUCUUGCCCGACCUGCGCCAACGUCGGGCACACCUUCUCGUGGGGCCCGGCCACGUACGACGUGAGCGCCCCGCCGGCGCAGCGCGAGUACCAGCCCGCGAAGCAGACCUUCGAGGACAUCAUCGUGGCGUACACUCGGAGCCUGUACGGCGAGGGCUUCUCGUACUGGGCGACGGGCGGUCUGGUCAGCUUCGAGCGCUCCAUCUUUGUGGACAACCAGCAGGGCUCCUCUCUCGGCUUUACGGGCGAGUGCGCGUCGGGCAUUGCCUUUGGGAGGGGCGGCGCCAACGUGCAGUUCAGCAAGGCGCUCUUCCUCAACGGCCCGGCGCCCUUCAAGCUGUAUGACGGCGGCUACCACUGCGUGGACUGCCGCUGGGCCGGGCUCGACCACCUCGUCACGAUGCGGCCGGGAAGCCCAGGGAACGUCAACGGCGUGCUCUUGGAGCGGUCCGCGCCGCUUGGCUGGAUCGGCUCGGACCGGGACGACCCAUUGCUCGGCUGGAUUUGGGACUCGAACAAGGUGGACAUCGCGCCAGCGGCGGUGGAGGUCGCCAACCUGGUGGACUGGACCUCGGGCUUCAUUCAGAAUAGCUGGCAGGGCGAGGACGUCAACCUCGUCUCCACGGACGGGCUCGGCGGCACGGUGCGCGGCGGCGCCUUCACGCAGUGGGUCCGCAGUGGGGACCCCGGGGCAAACCAGGGCUGGGGCUACGGCGCGAUCGUCAACGGGGCGCCGAGCUUCAAGCAGUUCUACCCGUGCAUGGGGAACGUCUACCACUGGUGCGGCGACGGGCGCUCGUGCGAGCCGCACGCGUACGGGCGGGACGUGCCGGGCGCGCCGUGGCUGUGA